AUUUUAAAUAAAUCUUGCAUCCAAACGAGAACAAGGAAAGUCUGUGACAAUAGAUAAAGCAAGAAGUAAGCUGAGGACUUGUUUGUCAGGACGCAACGAUGCAUAACAACUCGAGAAUCCAGCUCCAGAUUGUCACUAUCUUGAUUAUCAUAAAAAUCAGCAUGAUACUCAUUUUCUGCAGCCUUCAGGUGGAUGAAAAACCGGUCCACAGAGUAUAUUCGUUUGACGGCGACGAUUUCCCUCAACUGUUGCCCCUCCCCCAGACUGAUCCAGUCCUUAUGGCCUUCGAAGAUUCAGUACAUUAUCAGAUGAACACUGAAGAUGGGAGGGCGGAGUGGGCCAGCCUAACGCCGGGUAGUGGGCUUGUUUAUCUGGGGGAGCAGCAUCACCCAUUCUCGAUCUCGAUGUUCCACCAAUUGCGUUGCCUCGAUAUCCUACGAGAAGAUCUUGUUGGAGCAAAUGGAAACGCAGAUCUGAGUCGUCACUGCCUCAACUACUUGCGCCAGAUGGUGAUGUGCCGCGGCGACACUCAGCUGGAAAACAUACUUAUAGCAAGCAAAGAACAUCCAUCCCAAGAUUUUUUUGUGCGGACUGGGUCAUAUGUGUGUAGCAAUUGGAAUUCGGUGCUGGAGGAAGUGAAGAAGAACCAGGCUGCAGCUGCCAAGGUCGCGGGGUGAUAGAGAGGGACAAGGUAGUUCGGUGCCCGAGUUUUCAAUCGUCCCAAUCUAGAAUCAUCGCUGUCAUCGC